AUGGCCGCCGCCAACAGCCAACAAGACUCGCCGCUGUCCAUCACGUCCAACGUCGUGGGCAUCCUGACCUUUGUCGUGGCCAUGGCCGCGGCCGCCUACGCGCGCGUCGCGUACCUGCGCAACAGCGACGACGAGUACUUUCGCGUCAAGGCGUCGCUGUCGUGGUACAAGACAGAGUCGGCGUGGCUUGCCGACCUGGUGGCGGCCCUCGACACGCAGCACCACCACAGCCAUGACGGUUUCGGGGACACGCCACCGCCGCCGCCGCCGCCGAUGCGGGUCCGCGGCAAGGAGCACCAAAUGUACGCUUUUGUCAUGGACGACCUGCUCAACCUGGAGCAGCGGCUGCUGGACCUGGUGACCGAGGUCGAGGCACGGGCGUCGGUGGGCCGCGUCGACGAAGCCGGCUUCGCGCUCGUGCCGCGGAGCUGGCAGGGCGGGAGGCCCUCGGUUGCCAUGGCGUGGCUGCCUGUGAGGACCAAGGCGCUUGAGCUGGUGCGGCAGAGGGAGGCGUUGACAGCCAGGGUGCAGUUUCUGCACAUGAGCAUGAUUUCGUCGCGGCUGCGGGACCUGGAGGCCAAGGCGCAAUGGGGCGGUGAAUCGGCAAGCGAGAGGGGCUCGUCAUCAAAGGCGCAUGGAGUCGUGGACAGCCAGAGGGACGAGAUUCGCCGGCUCGAGGUGCUGGUGCAGCGGAUGGCAGCUCAAGAAGCGACGGGCUGCGAAAGCUACGACAGGCUCAAUGGUGAUCCGGCGGAGAGAUUUGUGGUGGAGAAGGCCUGA